UGAGUUUAUGAAUUGAUUUAAAAUAUCUUUGUGCCUUUUUAAGUACUGGAAAAUAACAAAACUGGGGCCAGCUUUCUUUCCUGUUUCUGGGGUAUGAAAUCCACCCAAGGCUUGGUCCCUCCGCGCUUCUGUGCGUUGCUCCCAAGUACUCUCUCGAUAGGGCAGAAUUCAAUAAAUCACUUCCUGGGGAAGGGAGGUGAUAAGAUCGCCGCAGUUGGUUCUGCCCCAGGGAUUCCAGGGCCCAUCACCGACCAAAAGUCCACAUGUUCUAUCAAAUUCCCGGCUCCAGCAAAGAAUUCUGGCCACGCCGUUGUGCGAUGCUGGGGAAAACGAGACUCUGGGAGGACCGAUUGGCUAGAGAGGCGGCACCUCUUCCGUCACGUGACUCAGCUCGCCUGGGGCUAGUUUCAGGUCGCGCGUCACGGUCGCACUUUCUGAUUGGCUCAGCUGGGUCAGUUUGAAAGGACUACGGGAGCCGCGGCGGUUCACUUUCGGCGGCGUUUUUUUUUUUUUUUUUUUUUUUUUAAUUCCUUCUCUUUGGUUCCCUCCUUCCGUGCGAGUCUCUGGAGAAGCCGCUGCGCUAGGCGCCGCCGCUGCCGCACAGGGCCUGCUCGCCUUGCGCAAUGGACUGGCAGCCAGAUGAACAAGGCCUGCAGCAGGUCCUACAGCUGCUCAAAGACUCGCAGUCGCCCAACACAGCCACGCAGCGCAUCGUGCAGGAUAAACUCAAGCAGCUCAACCAGUUUCCUGACUUCAACAACUACCUAAUCUUUGUCCUGACCAGACUCAAAUCAGAAGAUGAGCCAACCCGGUCUCUCAGUGGGCUCAUUCUUAAGAACAAUGUGAAAGCACAUUACCAGAGCUUUCCACCACCUGUGGCUGACUUCAUCAAGCAGGAGUGUCUCAACAACAUCGGCGACGCUUCCUCACUCAUCCGUGCUACCAUCGGUAUUCUUAUAACCACCAUCGCUUCCAAGGGCGAGCUGCAGAUGUGGCCUGAGCUGCUGCCCCAGUUAUGCAACCUGCUCAACUCAGAGGAUUACAACACUUGUGAGGGGGCCUUUGGUGCCCUGCAGAAGAUCUGCGAAGACUCUUCCGAGCUUCUGGACAGUGAUGCUCUCAACAGGCCCCUCAACAUCAUGAUACCCAAGUUCCUGCAGUUCUUCAAGCACUGCAGCCCCAAGAUCCGGUCCCAUGCCAUCGCCUGUGUGAACCAGUUUAUCAUGGACCGCGCCCAGGCGCUGAUGGACAACAUCGACACCUUCAUCGAGCAUCUGUUCGCCCUGGCUGUGGACGAUGACCCCGAGGUGCGGAAGAAUGUGUGCCGCGCCCUGGUGAUGCUUCUGGAAGUGCGCAUCGACCGGCUCAUCCCCCACAUGCACAGCAUCAUCCAGUACAUGCUACAAAGGACCCAGGACCAUGAUGAGAACGUGGCCCUGGAGGCCUGUGAGUUCUGGCUGACGCUGGCUGAGCAGCCCAUCUGCAAGGAAGUCCUGGCCUCCCACCUGGUCCAGUUGAUCCCCAUUCUUGUAAAUGGGAUGAAGUACUCGGAAAUUGAUAUCAUUCUGCUCAAGGGUGAUGUGGAGGAGGAUGAGGCUGUACCUGAUAGUGAGCAGGACAUCAAGCCGCGCUUCCACAAGUCCCGCACGGUGACACUGCCCCAUGAAGCUGAGCGGCCCGACGGCACUGAGGAUGCCGAGGAUGAUGAUGACGACGAUGCAUUAUCGGACUGGAAUCUGAGGAAGUGCUCUGCGGCUGCGCUGGACGUCCUGGCCAAUGUUUUCCGGGAGGAACUGCUCCCCCACCUCCUCCCCCUGCUCAAGGGCCUCCUGUUCCACCCCGAGUGGGUGGUCAAGGAGUCAGGCAUCCUGGUGCUGGGUGCCAUCGCCGAGGGCUGCAUGCAAGGCAUGGUGCCCUACCUGCCGGAGUUGAUCCCACACCUCAUCCGGUGCCUGUCAGACAAGAAGGCCCUGGUCCGCUCCAUCGCCUGCUGGACCCUGAGCCGCUAUGCCCACUGGGUGGUCAGCCAGCCUCCUGACAUGCACCUCAAGCCUCUGAUGACAGAGCUACUCAAACGCAUCCUGGAUGGCAACAAGAGGGUGCAGGAGGCAGCCUGCAGUGCUUUUGCCACCCUGGAGGAGGAGGCAUGCACAGAGCUGGUACCCUACCUCAGCUACAUCCUGGACACCCUUGUCUUUGCCUUCGGCAAGUACCAGCAUAAGAAUCUGCUCAUCCUUUAUGACGCCAUUGGCACGUUGGCUGACUCUGUGGGCCACCACCUCAACCAGCCGGAAUACAUCCAGAAGCUGAUGCCACCACUGAUCCAGAAGUGGAACGAGCUGAAGGAUGAAGACAAGGACCUUUUCCCCCUGCUGGAGUGCCUGUCCUCUGUGGCCACCGCCCUGCAGAGUGGCUUCCUGCCCUACUGCGAGCCUGUGUACCAGCGCUGUGUCACUCUGGUGCAGAAGACACUGGCCCAGGCCAUGAUGUACACCCAGCACCCUGAGCAGUAUGAGGCCCCUGACAAGGACUUCAUGAUCGUGGCACUGGAUCUGCUCAGCGGCCUGGCUGAGGGCCUGGGUGGCCAUGUGGAGCAGCUGGUGGCCCGGAGUAACAUCAUGACCCUGCUCUUCCAGUGUAUGCAGGAUUCCAUGCCUGAGGUACGGCAGAGUUCCUUUGCUCUUCUGGGAGACCUCACCAAAGCCUGCUUCAUCCACGUUAAGCCGUGUAUCGCUGAGUUCAUGCCCAUCCUGGGCACCAACCUGAACCCCGAGUUCAUUUCAGUCUGCAACAAUGCCACCUGGGCCAUUGGCGAGAUCUGCAUGCAGAUGGGGGCAGAGAUGCAACCUUAUGUGCAGAUGGUCCUCAACAACCUGGUGGAGAUCAUUAAUCGGCCCAACACACCCAAGACACUGCUGGAAAACACAGGUCGCCUGACGAGUCCCUCUGCCAUUCCAGCCAUCACCAUUGGCCGCCUGGGCUACGUGUGCCCACAGGAGGUGGCUCCUAUGCUCCAGCAGUUCAUCCGGCCUUGGUGCACGUCCCUGCGGAACAUCCGGGACAAUGAGGAGAAGGACUCUGCAUUCCGGGGCAUCUGCAUGAUGAUUGGUGUCAACCCAGGGGGCGUUGUGCAGGACUUUAUUUUCUUCUGCGAUGCUGUAGCCUCUUGGGUGAGCCCGAAGGAUGACCUUCGGGACAUGUUUUAUAAGAUCCUCCAUGGCUUCAAAGAUCAAGUUGGGGAGGAGAACUGGCAGCAGUUUUCAGAGCAGUUCCCGCCACUGCUCAAGGAGAGGCUGGCGGCCUUCUAUGGGGUCUAGGCAAAUGUAGAGACUGCCAGGUUUCUGUCUGCGUCAUCGUCGAAGGGAUUGCUGGGAGCACGCUGUGUCUGGAAAUCGCGGUGCCCUGGUCGAGGGGGGGUAGGGAGGAGUGAGUGGGAUCCAAAUCCAGAAGCCUUCCCGUCCAUCCGUCCACCUGUCCCACCAGGCCAGUCUGGCCGGCACACGGGCAGAUGGGUGGGACCUCCAUGCUCUAGUCCUACAAACAGGGAGGGGGGGUGGGACAUCUCGGUGGGCAAGAGGCCCCCCGGGCUCUAAUCGGGGGUUGUGGUAGGCAGCCUACCCGGGUUAGCCUCGUGGGUGGGAGGAAUCCACAUGGCCGCCAAGUCCAGCUUGGGAGGAGGCGAGGGGAGUGCAGGUGGGGAGGGGGGUGUCCUUGUAGAGACGCGUACAUUCACGUACAUGUGGCCACAGAAGGCCAGCCGCCCCAUUUCCCUGACUGCAUGGAGACAGUAGACUUAGUGAACCCCUAAGUUAAGCCUUACGGCCUUCCGUGUAAUCUGCACCUAGAGUAUAAGAAGCUUUCGCUGUUUGGCUGGAAUCGCAGGUGAUUGGGGAGGGCUUGGGAGGGUUUAGGAGGGCCUCAGCUGAGACCCUAGGGCGGGGGGAGGAGGGUGGCCUCUGAGGGGCCGCUGGUCAGCACGUGCACGCUUUGGACCUGCUCCGCAUACUUCCUGCCAGCUUUGGGGCAGCCUCAGGUAAUAUGCCCCCAUCUUUGUCCUCUCCAGCCAGCCACGUAGGGACCAUCUCAGCUGCAGGCAGGGUCCAGCCUGAGAUCCACCUGUCUCCCUGGCUUGUGCUCAGUGAUCCUGGGAAGCCCUGGGCUGGGAGCUUUUCCCCCUCCCAGAAGAGAGCUAGGGACAGCCCCCUGUCCCUGCUGCCUGCCCCCAGGCUCUGGGGAAGCAUCUUUAAGGGCAGCCCCACACUCUGCUCCUGGGAGCCCACUUCUGCAGUCUUGGGCUGAAGCUCUUCAGUGGGGGUCACACAAGGAGGCUUGUACUGAGCCUGGGCUUCCAGCAGGGGACCGGUAACUGUCCCAUCUCCACUUUGCCCCUCAGACUCCAUGCUCAUCACAGUGCCCAGAGGUGCCACCAAUCCUAGGGGAUAUGAUCAUAGUGGAAGGGCCCCCCCACCUCCCCUAGGGAAGUGGGUAUGCUUAUUUGAGUUGCUGGGGAAAUUGGGCCCUGUAGCUCCUGUAAGAUUUGUUACCCUGUAUUUUUUCGUCCCUGCUUUCUACUUCUUCAGGGGACCCCUUGUAUUUGAGGGGUUUGACUGGAGUCCUUUAGCCCAGGGCCUGCUCCACUCACCCCUCCAGGGCCCUCCACCCCUUCCCAUCCUGGCUCUUGUCUUGUCGAGCAGAGUCAGGCCCUGCCUCGACUCCAAGGGGCACUUAGAGCACAUUCCACAGCCCAGCAAGGUGUCCCUGUCCUCUUUCCCAAAACUCGAGCAGGUCUCUGGAAGCCAUUUGUAAAAAAAAAAAAAGAAAAAAAAAAGAAAGAAAAAAAAGUUUUUUUAAAAUACCAUUUAGCUUUCUGGGUAGUUCUUUGAAGCAUCCUCUGCUGGGUUCUGGGGUAUGCAGAUGGAUGGGCUAUCUGAUGGGAUUGGUGACCCCCUUUCCUCCCAAGGUGAGGGGCAACAAGUACCACCUUCAGGAAUAGGGAGCCUGAUUCUUCUCCCCUCCCCACUUUUUAAAAAGAAAACUAUUUAAUUUUUUAAUUUAUUUUUGGUUGGUUUUUGCACAACAAAGUUUCAGCUUCUUAACCUUUCCUGCCCAGGGCUGGGAAUGCAGACUGGCCUUGGUCUGCAGUCUGCCCAGUUUCCUGAGUCCCUCCUUUCCCUCUUUUCCCUGAGGGCUCCCAGGUCUGUCCAUUUGUUACAGUGCUGUGCUGGAGAUUGGCGCCAAGGUGGCGUGAGAUUCCACUUGUGUAGAACUUUGUUGAGUAAAGAUGAGUUUCUUGUGAAA